AAUGAAAGCACUGAAUGAAUAAAAAGGAGGAAAAGUAGCCUUCCGUUGACUAAAAACUCAAUACUGUCAGUCAUGCCUUCCUCAAUUGUUUUCUGCAGUGACCAACUCUGCAGAAGCAACACCCCCGUCCAUUUCUUCCAGAAAAACUGUAAACCUUUGUUAUCUUCAUCAAACCACCCCAAGUGGUCUUCUCCAUCCCUCCUUCACAAGAAAUCCCAAUUCCAAAGAGUCCUUUACGUCAAAGCCUCAGCUCCAGAUUCUCGAGCUACCAGACAACAAAUAGAGAGUGUGUACGAUCAAGAAGAAAAUUGUAAUAAAUUAGCUGAAGAAGUUGAUAGGGAGACUGGGCUUGCAAGUCUGACACUGUUUUCUCCUUGCAAGGUAAAUGUUUUCUUGAGAAUCACUGGCAAAAGGGAAGAUGGAUUUCACGAUUUGGCAUCUCUGUUUCAUGUAAUUAGUCUAGGAGAUAAAAUCAAAUUUUCUGUGUCACCAACAAAGACGAAAGACUGCAUAUCAACUAAUGUUCCCGGUGUUCCCCUUGAUGAGCGAAACCUGAUAAUAAAGGCUCUCAAUCUUUACCGAAAAAAGACUGGAACUAAUAAUUACUUUCAGAUUGAUCUUGAUAAGAAGGUGCCUACUGGUGCUGGUCUUGGUGGUGGGAGCAGUAAUGCUGCUACUGCCCUGUGGGCAGCAAAUAAAAUCAAUGGCUGUCUUGCCAAUGAAAAGGAACUCCAAACAUGGUCCAGCGAGAUUGGAUCUGACGUGCCCUUCUUUUUCUCUCAUGGAGCAGCCUACUGUACAGGUAGAGGUGAGAUUGUUGAAGAUAUCCCAUCGCCCAUACCAUUUGACAUUUCAAUGGUUCUCAUAAAGCCUCGGGAAGCAUGCUCGACUGCUGAAGUUUACAAGCGUCUACAAUUGGAUCAAACUAGCAAGGUCAAUCCAUUAAGCUUGCUGGAAAGCAUUUCAAACAAUGGAAUAUCUCAAGAAGUUUGUAUCAAUGAUCUGGAGCAUCCUGCAUUUGAUGUACUUCCCUCACUCAGAAGAUUAAAGCAACGAAUAGUCGAUGCAGGUCAAAGGAAAUAUGAUGCUAUUUUCAUGUCUGGAAGUGGGAGCACUAUAGUAGGGAUUGGUUCUCCAGACCCCCCACAGUUUUUAUAUGACGAUGAAGAAUACAAUGAUGUCUUCUUGUCAGGAGCCAACUUUAUUACCCGUGCAUCCAAUAUGUGGUAUACAGAACCCAUUUCUACAUUUCCCAGCAGAUCUCCCAUGCAUUCCUCUUGAUGUUGAUAAUCAUCAGUACUCACUAUUUCAUCACGAGCUUGUUGCCAAUUAGUGUAGCCUAUUCAAAGAUUGUGGUCCUACUGAACUCUAACUGCCGCUUAAAUUGUAAAUUAUCCAAGUGAAAACAAAAAGCAGGUACCGGUUUUAGCCAUGGAUAAGAUACUUGUAUUGUGGUGUUGCCUUUCACAGUGUCCCCAAUAAAAAACAGGCCUAAUCUACACAUGAUUAUUC